GGACUAGGUACGUUCUAUAGCGUCGGCUUGGGUGCCUGCGGUGUCGACAGUACUAACGCCGACUAUGUCGUGGCGGUCUCCUCGCUGGUCUUUAACGCAGAGCCUGGCUACUCCGGCAGCGACCCAAACACCAAUCCACUCUGCAACCAGCAAAUCACCGCUACCUAUCAAGGCAACAGUGUCACCGUCACCAUCGUUGACUCUUGCUCGGGCUGCGCAGACUGGGAUCUGAAUUUUAGCCCUACGGCGUUCGAGCAGCUGGCACCUUUGUCCGUGGGUCGAAUUCAUGGUAUGACCUGGGUAAUAUUGGGGUAA